AUGAGACCUAUAAAGUUAAUGGGACACGAGCGUUCCUUAACGCAAGUUAAAUAUAAUAGAGAAGGAGACUUAUUGUUUUCUGUGGCAAAAGAUAAUGCAGCAUCAAUCUGGUAUUCAUCAAAUGGAGAAAGAUUAGGAACUUUGGAAGGACAUCAGGGUGUAAUUUGGUCGAUAGAUGUUGAUCCAGAAUCAAAAUUAUGUGUCACAGGCGGUGGUGAUUUAGCCAUAAAAUUAUGGAAAGUCGAAAAUGGUGAGUGUGUAUAUACUUGGAAUAGUCCAUCACCAGUAAGAAGAGUAUCUUUUUCACCAGAUGGUAAGAAAUUAUUAGCCAUUGCUGAUCAAGUUAUGGGUCAUAUAGGUACUAUUUCUGUAUAUGAUCUCAAUCGUGAAGACUUUACAUCACAAAAUGAACAACCAAGUUUGGUGAUAGAGACACAACAAAAUGGAUCAAAAGCAAAUGUGGCAGGAUGGGCUGAUGAUGGAAAAUAUAUAAUAUCAGGUAAUGACGAUGGAUCAGUUUCAAAAUUUGACGCCACUAACGGAAAUUUAAUACAAACAAUACAAGCUCAUGGUAUACAUAAUGAAGAAAAAAAUGUAAGUUUAACAGAUAUACAAUUUGCCCCAGAAGAUAGAUCAUAUUUCAUAACAUCAUCAAAAGACAAAUGCGCGGUAUUGAUUGAUGUAGAUACCUUUGAAAUUUUAAAAGUAUAUAAAGCAGAUGCACCCAUGAAUACAGCUGCAAUCACACCAGUAAAAGAUUUUGUUAUAUUAGGAGGUGGUCAAGAAGCAAGAAAUGUUACAACUACUGCUGAAUCACAAGGUAAAUUCGAGGCAAGAUUUUACCAUAAGGUUUUUGAAGAAGAGAUUGGGCGUGUGAAAGGUCAUUUCGGUCCUUUAAAUACUAUUGCAGUACAUCCAGAUGGUACUGGUUAUAGCAGUGGAGGUGAAGAUGGUUUUAUUAGAGUUCAUACAUUUGAUAAAUCUUAUAACGAAUUUUUGUUUGACGCUGAAAGGAAUGAAAAAGCUGCUGCUGCUGGAACUAUAUAA